AUGGCCGUGUGGCUAGCGGCUUAUGAAGUGUAUCCAGGGCAGAGAUUCGAGGAUUAUGCCAUCCUCGGUGAUGAUAUAGUUAUCGCCGAUAAGAAGGUGGCCCUUGAGUAUCAGAGGAUCAUGGAGGAAGCACAGGGGUUAUUUCGAAAGAGAAAUCCCUUGUGUCCUCUAAGGGGGCCUGCGAAUUUGCAAAGCGCUUUAUUAUUAAUAACCACAGGGUAG